AUGGAUGCAGAUGAAACGACCGUAUUAAUUUCUAGCAAUUCUCAACAAAUUACUGAUGAUAUAACCAAUUAUGUAGGAGAUGAAAGGAAGAAAGCAGUUACUAACGGCAAAUUUAAACUGCCUAUGUGUAAUGUGCAUACUUCUCUGACAUUUAUUAAAGCAAUAUGUGCGAUUAUAUGCAUUGUGACCCUAUGUGGCGUUAGUAUUACCUUACCUAUUCUGUCACAAAGUAUUCUCCUAUCAGGCUAUUGUCACAGUAAUCAAUACUAUACUCUUAUAUCAUGUGAUAUCUGGUUCCCUGUUGCAUUUUGGCUAGCUGCUUUAAUGGUCAAAUUAUACAAUCCAUCAUUUAGUUUCAAAUCAUAUACUUCGCACAGAGUUUUUGUUCUACUUGGUUUGUUAGAAGCUCUGAAUGCUGUUUUUGUUGUCUAUGCAAGUCCACCAAAUAGGACUACUCCUAGUUUACAAGUUAUUCUCAGAUCUUUAAGAAUUCCAUACACUGUCGUUUUAAGUUAUAUUGUAUUGCAUAAAUCUAGUGGUGCUGGUCGUCUAAUAUGUACAUUGGGUACUUUGAUCGGCUUAUUUAUUUCGUUUGAACCGAACAUUUUUAAUAUCGAUAAUCAAUAUGAUCAUCAUGCCGGAGAAUCAUUGGUAUGGCCAAUAAUUUUUGGACUAGCCUAUUUACCUAAUAGCUUAUCUACUGUUUUACAAGAACGAGAGAUUAAAAAAGAUUCGAUGGAAGAAGCUUUAAUUUUUGAAGCUUGGUUGCAAACUUACAAGGUUUUCUACUUUGGACUGGUAUUUUGGGUUGAAUUUAUUCCAGGUUUUGGUGAGAAAUAUUCUCGUAUAGACCAAGAAUAUCGCAAUCGCUUGCUAGCACUCGAACUGGUUUGUGAUCAGAGUCAUGAACGAGAGUAA